UGAUAUCAGUGCAUCGUCGACAUGACAGGUUUCCUAACCUUGAAUAGUGUGCAACUUUUACGAUUAAUAUCUUGCUUCGCCGUGUAGAGUAACGAUUUUGUUUUCUAGAUUCGGUUUUUACACAUCAAAAUAUACUAUAUUACUAAAUUUUAGUAAAAUCGAUGAGGUUAGGCCUCUCUCUUUUUUUCACAAUUACUGUAAAUAUUUUUAAAAAUUAUGCAACUAAUAACAUUCUUAGUGAUAUUAAUGUAUGUGGGAGCAAGGAAUGUUGAAGUAGAUCCAUUGAAAACGAUAAUUUGGGGUCCAGGAUUAAAACCAGCAGAAAUUACAAUGCGUGCAAGAUACAUCUUUUUACAACUCGCUGAUCUACAUGGAAAAAAUUUGACACAAUCUCCUGGUGAAAAUAUAGUUAAUGGGUUAGUACAAGGACAAUCACUUGAUGGUUCACCAUGUCGCAUUUGGACUCAACUUUUUGACUGUAAAGAUGGGAGUUUUAUAUUACGCUACAAGGUUUUUAAUACUUGCUUGAACAUUAAGAUUAAAGUAAAGAUUAAAGGAAAAGAACUACCAAUAUCUCAUUCAGAGAUUAAAGGGCCUGUUUAUGAAGAAGAAUGCUACUGUCCAAAUCUAUCAAUCUCUAAUUGGUUAGACAAUUAUCGAUGUCAAAGAAAUUAUACUCAAAUGCAUCAUGAUCUUGCUCAAUUUCCAAAUGUUGAUUUUGAUAAAAUACGUCAAAGCAUUAUUAAGAAAUAUGACCAGCCGACCAGUGUCAGCAUUUGUCAUUACAUACUGAAAACCAACAGAAUUUAUAGGCAAUGUUACGGCCAGUAUGUUGGCUUUAAGAUAUUUAUGGAUGCUAUAUUGUUGUCUCUCGCGCGCAAAAUACUAUUGCCAGAUAUUGAAUUCUUUGUGAAUUUGGGCGACUGGCCGCUUGUCCCCAAUAAAGGCCCGCUAUAUCCUGUUUUUUCAUGGUGCGGCUCCGAAGAUACGAGAGACAUCGUUAUGCCUACAUAUGAUAUCACACAAUCAUCUCUGGAGGCGAUGGGAAGGGAAAUGUUAGAUACACUCUCUGUGCAAGGUAACACUGAUUUGCCGUGGGAAAACAAGAUCGAACAAUUAUUUUGGCGUGGACGCGAUUCCAGAAGGGAACGUCUUGAUUUAAUAGAUAUCUCAAGAAAACAUCCAGAACUCUUCAAUGUCUCCAUUGUUAACUUCUUCUUCUUUAAAGAUGAAAUAGAUAAAUAUGGACCUGCACAAAGUUAUGUGUCGUUUUUCAGCUUUUUCAAGUAUAAAUAUCAACUGAACAUCGAUGGUACAGUAGCAGCAUAUCGAUUCCCGUAUUUGCUCUCUGGAGAUUCUUUAGUGUUCAAGCAAGAAUCCAAAUAUUACGAAUUUUUUUACAAAGAUCUUACACCCGGAUUACAUUAUGUGCCUGUAAAAAGUGAUCUUUCGGAUCUGACUGAAAAAAUUCGAUGGGCAAAGGAACACGACAAGGAUGUAUUGAAGAUUGCUAAAACUGCCAGACAAUUUGCGAGGGAUAAUUUAUUACCACGUGAUAUAUUGUGUUACUAUACAAUUUUAUUUCAUGAAUGGAGUAAACGCUUAAGGAGUAAAGUUAAAGUACUGAGUAACAUGGAAGAAGUACCACAACCUAGUCAUUCCUGUCAAUGUCAUCUUAGCCAUUUAAACCUCAGAGAUGAAUUGUAAUUUAACACGUUUGUUUAACGUCUUUCUAUAAUUUACUACAGUGUAGUAGUACAGUGAAGAUUUAACCGAUCCAUAUCAUUGUCAUACGAGUAUUACGUAUCAUAAAUGUAUAAAGAUACAUAUUUCUUCACUAAGAUUUUGUACCUAUCACUAAUGU